AAGAAGAGUAAAAUAGGAAAUCCCAAUACAAACAUUUUCUAAUCACUGUACAAUGCUUGGAUCACACGCACAUUUCCUUACACACAGACGCCCGUACAUGAAUGACCGCUUACAAACCAAGACCUAAUAAUCCCAUCUUUUCUGUUUUGGCCUCCUAUUAAGCUGUUUCUCCCCUCUCCCGCCAACGCCUUCUUCAACAUUUCCUAUCUUGGUGUUUUGAUGGAUGGUGCCCUUUUUCCAUCCCCAACAGUUCCUCCGGUACAACCCCCAGCCCCGUUCAUCGCUGGCCCAUCUUUAUCUAGUCCGUCCAUUCUCCUCACGCACAGGAAGGGAAGAAGGGGGAGGGUGAGAGACGGUAAUAAGACAAGGGAAAGCUCCAUAUCUGCCCCCACAAAGACGAGACGAAACGGGAAAGCAGGACAAGCAGACAUAAACCUCGUGCACUUGUAGUCACAUAGUAGGACCUAUCGCAACUUCGGAGGCGGCCGACUGGAUAAUGGGGAGGCAGGCAAGACAAGGCAGCUCGGGUCCGAACGAGGCUUUCUCCGGGGGCGGUGAUCUCAUCUUCAGCCUUGCCACUCAACUCACACUCCCAUCAAGUCGGCCUGCACAAGUCAUCAUCGCCCAUCAUCACCACCACCACCACUACACACCACCGCCUUUCUAUCAAACGCCCUUCAUCAUAGAUCCUCCCAUCUCUCUCCCCCCCUCUCUCUCGCGACACCCCUUUGCUUCUUCCCACUCCGGAUCUCUGGGUCUCAACCCACCCUCUCAACGCGCUCCGCGUUUUCUCUUCACUAAUCCCACUUGGCGGUGCACAAGGGUUCCGAGGAAGACAUCUACACACACCAUGACGGCGCGGCGCUUUCACGAGACACCCAUCGCCGACGGUCCUUCUCCAGGUUUUUUUUUUCUUUUUCUUCAUCUUAUCCUCCCCGAAAGUCCCGAAGACGCGGUUCUCUCCAUUCCUCCUUUCAUCACACCUCCCUCCCCCCCUCUCUUCCCUGUCCUCCCUGUUCAAGGUACCUCUCCGUCUCUACACUCGCACUCUUUCACACACCUCCCCAACUCAACUCAACGCUCCAACAACCUUUUACUUCCGCCCGAGGAGCCGCAUAUUCGUCUCGGUGACCAUCCGCCUCCCCUCCGAUUUCGGGGGAAAACAAAGUCAUCCAAGAAGCACAUUGAGAACAGUGUACCACUCAUCCCGGCACCCUGUCCCUCCCCGCGUCCUCCUCCUCCGCCUCCUCUCAUCCUCCUCCAUCUCUCUCUCCCACCACCCUUGAAAGAGUCCGAACUAGUUACCCAAAGCAAACCCAAGCUUCAUCACGAAAACGGGGAAGGGUGGGGAGGGAAAGGACGUAAAGGUGGAAGAGUACCUUUGGCUUCGGCUUCUAAUGCUCUAUUCCCUCGGCCGAGAGAGUUGGAAAAGGGGGAGGGGUGCUCGGCUUGAAGACGUCCAUCACAAAACGUCCCAAAACAUCCCACAUCACAUUAGUCGGUUAACCUUCUUCCAUCACCUUGAACCAUCUUUCCGUGGGACCCGGUCGACAGAGGCGAGGGAGAGGAGGGGUGGACGGGGAAAGGAACCUGACAACUGUGAAAAUACAAUGGUGGUAAAGCGGCAAUAGUCCGUUCGUCAGGGGGGUCAGCCUAGGAGGGCAUCGCAGAAAAGAUCAGACACAGUUUCCAAAACCUGCCGCUGCACCUGCAGUAUUGAUGGAUUGAGAAGAGUACACAGACCCUUGUCUCACAACAUGCCGGUCUU